CCCUAUUUGGUAGAAGUGUGGUGGCGAUGUCUGGCUCUGGACGAUUUAAGCCAAACGAAGGCGACUGGGUCUGUCCAGAUCCAAAGUGUGGGAAUGUUAAUUUUUCUAGAAGAAAUGAAUGUAAUAGAUGCGGACAAGAAAAGAAAGAUGGAACUGUAUUCAAGAAAGGUGGAACAGAGAUCGGCAAACAGUUAGCAGACAAAAGCAAAGGUCUCUUUAGUGCCGAUGACUGGCAGUGUAAGAGCUGUGCUAAUGUGAACUGGGCAAGAAGAACUACAUGCAAUGUCUGUAACGCACCAAAAUAUGGAAAACAGGAACAAAGGACUGGGUUUGGUGGAGGUUACAUGGAACGAGAUGAAAUUGUUGAAUAUAAGGAGAGAGUUGAUGAUGAUGAAUAUGAUGAGUUUGGUCGAAAAAAGAAGAAAUUUAGAGGAUCCACAGAAGAGAAAGUAGCCCCAAAGCCAGCUCCACCUCCACCUCAAGAUGAUGAAGAAGAGGAGGAAGAAGAGGAUGAUGAUGAAGAUGGUGAUUUGGGUGCAUAUGACCUUGGUGCCAGUGAUGAUGAUGAUGAUGACAACACCAAAACGUCUGCGAGGUCCAAAUCCAGAUCACGAUCGAGAAGUUCUUCAUCUAGCUCAUCUCGCUCAUCACGCUCUUCAUCCUCUAGGUCAUCCCGGUCCCGUUCAAGCUCACGCUCUCGAUCCAGAUCCCGUAGCAAGAACAGAAGACGGUCUAGGUCAAGAUCCAGGUCACCAAUCAGAGAGUCACGAAGGUCAAGGUCAAGAUCAAGAGACAGGCGAAGAUCACGGCGGUCGAGGUUUGAUAUUAAAAGGAUGGCAUCUUUAGAAAUGCAUAUUUAUUUUUUGAAGAUAAUUUCAGGAUUAUAGAAACCACUCAUAUAUUGUAGUUAUGAUUAACAUGUCAUUUUGAGGAAUUAAAGUUAUUUUUUAAAAAAGGAAAAGGAAACGUAAUCUCGUUAAAUGCUUUUUCGUAUAAUGGAUGCCUCCCACUUAAAACAAGGUGUGCAUUGAUGUAGAUAACCUAAUCAAAGUUGAACUAUUUUUCAUCUCUAAUUUUCAAAACAUAGUUCAUUUUCUUCACAGGAUUUUAUUUUUUCCAUCUUCUUUUGAAAAUGGAUGGGUAUGUUGCAUAUUAUUCAUUGAGCACUUUGCAAAUUGUCCUUCAUUCUGUUGUUGCAGGUCUUAAAAUUCAGAAACCAGUGAUGAUGAUGUUCAG